GCUAGUUUAAAUCGGGUAUGUACGUCACUUUUCCGAAAAAUAUGAUCGUGUUUACGUUUAUGGUACGAUAAUUUGUCAUUUCCCAUCUGGCAACGCAACGAACUAGUCCCGUGUCACGUUACACAUUCCAGGUGUCUCACCUUUGCUAGCAGCCACCGUUCAAACAUACAGGAGGAGUCGGGACGGAAGUGGUUUGGUCGACUUUAGGGUGCGUCCUGCCUCACACACACAUCCCCACCAAGGCGCAAUGAAGGCUGGAACCAUGGACGUGUAGCUUUCUAAAAAGACUGAACCUCGGAAGAAGAAGAAAUCCAUUUUUUAAUCGCAAACAAACAUGACCAACCGUGUAAGACCGGGCUAUUAUCGUCGGGAAAUCAACAAAACAUUAUGGGAAGUACCAGACAGGUACCGCGAGCUGAAGCAGGUGGGGACGGGAGCUUACGGCACUGUGUGCUCAGCAGUGGACUUCAGAACCAGAAACAAAGUGGCCAUCAAGAAACUAUAUCGACCUUUUCAGUCGGAUCUGUUUGCCAAACGAGCCUACCGGGAGCUCAGGCUCCUCAAACACAUGAAACAUGAAAAUGUGAUUGGUCUAUUAGAUGUGUUUACUGCAGACCUCUCUUUGGACAAGUUUAACGAUUUUUAUCUGGUGAUGCCGUACAUGGGAACAGACCUGGGCAAGCUGAUGAAGCUGCAGAGGCUGUCUGAAGAAAAAAUCCAGUAUUUAGUCUAUCAGAUUCUCAAAGGGCUAAAGUAUAUUCAUUCUGCUGGCAUCAUUCACAGGGACCUCAAACCAGGAAACCUAGCCAUUAACCAAGACUGUGAGCUCAAGAUAUUGGACUUUGGUUUGGCCCGGCAGGCAGACAGUGAGAUGACCGGGUACGUGGUGACUCGGUGGUACCGAGCACCAGAGGUCAUCUUGAGCUGGAUGCACUACACCCAGACUGUGGAUAUUUGGUCAGUAGGCUGCAUCAUGGCAGAGAUGCUUCAAGGAAAACCUCUUUUUAAAGGCAAUGACCACCUUGAUCAGCUGACUGAGAUCAUGAAAAUCACAGGAACACCCUCUCAGGAAUUUGUAGCAAAACUAGAAUCGGAAGAUGCCAAAAGCUACAUCAAAGGUCUUCAAAAAGUAGAAAAAAAAGACCUUCAGAAGGUGUUUGCUACUGCCAAACCACAAGCUGUGUCUGUGCUGGAGCGCAUGUUAUUACUGGAUCCGGAAAGCAGAGUGACGGCGGCAGACGCCCUCUUGCUGUCGUACUUUACCGAGUUUCGAGAACCUGAGGAGGAGACAGAGGCUCAGCUGUAUGAUCACUCCCAGGACAACACAGACUUGCCUUUGGAACAGUGGAAACGUCACACUUUCACAGAGAUCUUAACCUUCAAACCUGUUGUGCCAGAAUCCAAGGAAACUUCUUUGUAGGACAGAAAGUGUCCGCAUCAUCAGGUCAGGUCGGCAAUGUGCUGUCUUUUUGACUUACCAGCAGCCUUGGUUUGCCUUAUUAACACACGUUGGGCCUGCACAGCUCUUUUCACUGCACAAAACAUGGUACCUCAAUCACAUGAAAAUUCUAGGAUCACAAUUUGGUUGACUGUUGUUCACUUGGUACAAUCAAAUUACUUUUUUUUUUUUACAGUGGUACGCAUGAAAUAUGUCUUCAAAAUAAGUACAUUUGUUAUGUGUCUGUGUAGAAAAUUGUGCUCAUAUCAAUUUUUCUCAGUCGCUUCUAUAGUAACAGUUGUAAAUGUGUCGUUCUAGUUUCUAAUUAUAGGAUUUAUUUCCUGCUAAAUAUCUGCAUUGGUUUUGUGGUACCUUCUUUCUUAACACAA